AUGGAGGCCGGAGCUCCAGUCCUUCCUUCACUGUUCCAACAUAUGCCAUUCCAACAAGCGUAUACGAGGAAGCAGCAUUAUCGUGUUCCAGGUGUCGCGGCUGUAUCCAUUUCCAAGUCACACUGUUUUUGCUUCCAGGGCACACUUUUGCUGGAUGAUGGGCGACUGAUCAAAUUGGAGUACUCACGCUACGACACUCUUGACGGGCGAUCAUCGAGUCUUUCUGGUGUUGGCGAUUGGAUGUGCGCCAAAGUUUGUCUUUCUUUUUUUUUAUAUCCAUAA